UGCUUUCUUUCACGCAGCCCAUGGGCAUGCCCUGCCUUGACAGGUCUAUUUCAUAUGCUUGUCUAGGAUCAUGGACGCCUUUUAUGCCACAUUACAUAUCACUUUAGCAUUCCAUCUCAUCUCCUCUGGAUCAUCAACUUGUUUGUUUGGUUGCUCCUGCACAGACGAUAACUUAGGAAGGUCUUUACUAUGUAUGGAAACCUCCAUGGGACAAAUCCCAGAGGACAUCACGCAUAAUUUUACUAAAAUCCGAAUUGAAAACUGCCAUCUGACUGAGAUACCCCAAGGAUCCUUCUCAAAAGUCCGUGCCUUGGAGUUCCUCUGGCUAAAUUUCAAUGAGAUCACUUUGAUGAACAUGAAUAGCCUGGAGGGGCUUGCUAACUUGACUGAGCUGAGGCUACAAGGGAACAAGUUGACUUCAAUACCAUGGACAGCAUUUCAGGACACACCGAAACUCAAGAUUUUGGACCUGAAGCACAAUCAACUGGAUGUGCUACCUGAACAUGCUCUGAGAUAUUUACCUGCACUGACCUACUUAGAUUUAUCCUUCAAUCAGCUUAGUGUCAUGGCAAAAGAGGUCUUCAUUAAUUGGCCUCUCUACCAAAUAGCUGAGAAAGCGUGGGCAAAAGAAGGGCUAGUAUCCAAUGUGGUUUUGGGGCUCCAUGACAAUCCCUGGUUGUGUGACUGCCGCCUCAAAGGCUUUGUGGAGUUUGUCAGGACAGUCACCCCCCCCAUCAUCCUGAUGAACUCUUAUCUGAAGUGUUCAGGUCCAGCGUCCAAAGCUGAUAAGUUUUUCCACGAGAUUCAGUUAAAAUCAUGCAUGAGGCCAGUGAUGUCUGCCCCAGAAACUAACAUCACUUUACCUCUGGGAGAAAAUGCAACACUAACAUGCUUAGUGAAGGCCAGACCGGAGCCAACUAUUCAGUGGAUGUACAGUCUGAAGAUUAUAAGAGGAUUUACUGCAUCACAGACAAACAUUGAUGAGGAAACCUUCUCUUCCCAGCUCCUGAUCCCCUCUCUUCAUCUGGCAAACCAAGGACUCUACACCUGCAUGGCCAACAAUUUCAUUGGCAACUCCUCUGUCGACAUUAAAGUUAACAUCACCCCUUCUAAUUCCUCUCUUCCGCUCCCACCACCUGUCUCCAUGCUGUCAUCUGAAACCGCCUACAUUGAUAUACGCAUUGCCAAGCAGACAGUUUAUGGAAUCACCCUAGAGUGGCAUGCAGCAACAGAAAACCCCGCAGAAACCUGGUUCACUAUCCACUUUGGCAAAUAUGAUUCACCAAAGAAGGAGAUGAUUUACAUCGGCCCGGGCAUCAACAGUUACUCGGUCAGCAAUCUGCUUCCUGUCACCAAAUACGAGGUGUGUGUGACCCUGAAGAACCAUCCACCAAGGGAAGGUCAGUGCAUUGUGUUUGUGACAGGAAGUGACAUUAGUGAGAUGGAGCAGAAAGAAAGGCUAAUCCACAUUAUUGUUAUUGUGUGCGUAAUGGUGCUGGCUGUGCCGGUUGGCAUGUAUGCCUGCACCACAGAGGCCAGGUUCAGCUGUGUGGAGCGGUGUGUGGAUCUGUGGAAGAUGCACAAGAUGCGUGAAGAGAACCUGCAGGAGAGGGAGCGGCAGGGCACCUUUGACAGCCUGCAGGCGACCAGUGAUGAAGCCUUGUGCAAGGGCUCGGUGGAAAAGUCAACAAAGAGACGGAAAUCUGAGGAUAAGUGCAAAGGAGGAAGUGCAGCUUACCUGUAUUAGCAUCAAAGUCAAGAACUGCAUUUAUAGGACAGGUAUAUAUAAGUUAAGUUAGUUCAUAGCUUAAGUGUGUGCCUCUUAUGUGAUAUAAUAAAGCUAGGUAUACUAUUUUCUUAAAAAUAUCUACCCAUGAGCUUUCUGGGUCAUUCCAGAAUCCUCGAAGACUCUUCUGAUCAUGUAAAUUAAAAAAAAAAAAAUGUAACCUUGUUCUCUGGUAAAUUAAUAUCUUUGUUCAGUGGUAAACAUUUCUUUCCUUUCAGUGGGAAAUACCUUCAAAACAGUAAUACUUUUGACUGGUACUGUACAUUUUGUGAAAUGAUGCAUGAAAUUUGAAUAUCUAUUACAGGUGUUUAUUUAUUGAUUUGCUGCUUAUAUAAAAACAUGUACUUUCAAAUAUUGUUUGAGUUUGAGUUUCUGUGUAUAUCACAAGCUCUCACCUGAAAAAUGAGAUGUGUUUCUUCCUUGUCAAAGGGAUGGUUGAUUUUCUGUUUUAAUACACACAAAAUGUCACUUAAUUCUUCAUAUUUUGAUACUACAUUCCUAAAUUUGAAAAAAAUGCAUGUAACUAAGAUAUCAUACAAUGCUGCAGUAUGAUGUGGUGGAUUGUAAGUGUGUUUCUAGUCUGCUGAUUUACUUUAUUUUGAAAAAAAAGGAAAAAAGCACCUUUUAGUAUUUUUUUAAAGACUCCAGAUUUAUUAUGACUGAAUGAAAUGCGUUUGAUGUGGAUUAAAGGGAAGUCAAAGACAAAUGUUGAGACAUACUCAGAUUUUUUAGCACAAUCACUCAGAGGAUUUGUUACAUAAGCUGCAUUUUCUCAUGCAUUUAUACAUACACUGUUAAGCAGAUUAAAGUGAUUUUCUAUCUGAA